AAAUCGAUGCCAAAGGAACGGGUGCCCAACUUCAGUGGCAUGGAAGAGAAUGAUAGUGAUGAUGACAAGGUUGUAGAAGAUUCUGGAAGUGCAAGUGCUGCUCCAUGCAGUGAGAAGUCAUAUACAGUUAUAAAGACCUUCAAGACAGAAGAGCGUGGGCUGAGUGACUUGGUCAGACAGUGCCUUGGUAAGCCACUGAACAAGUCACAGCAGAUGUCAGACUGGGAGAGGCGACCACUCAGACCUGCUCAGAUCACUUACGCUGCCUUGGAUGCGUAUGUGCUGUUGGAAGUGUAUCAGGUCUUGACAUCUAAGAUCACUGCCUAUGGACUGAAAGUGAAUCCUGAACCAAACAUUCCUAUUGGUAAUGUUAAGGGAAGCAAAAAGUCUCGACAGCAAAGAAAGCAAGAUCAUGUCAGAGAAAAACAGAAAGAGUUAGCUCCACAAACUGCAGAGCAUCAAGAUCAGACAGCCAGAGAAGGUCAUUCCACUGUCAACCCCAGGCCUGCCAUAACCCCAGGUGAGCUCCAGUUGGUGGUAGAUAAUAUGUUAGGUGGCUUAGGGAGACAGCUCCGCUGUUGUGGAGUUGAUGUGGUUAUGUUAAAGGAUCAUGAAGACCACAGUGAAGCCAUUGAGAUUUCCAGAAAACAAAAUAGAACCAUUCUCACAUCAGGAGAACCUUACAAGAUGAUCAGAGGACACGUUGGAGAGGAUAUGUGCUACAAUGUUGCAUGUGAUGUAUCAAAAAGGGAACAAGUUGUGGACGUUUUACAGCAUUUUAAUGUGAUAGUCAUGCAGCGAGAUAUAUUCAGCCGUUGUCAGGUGUGUAAUGGAAGCAACUAUAUCAAAAUUCCACAAGCAGCAAUGAAGGCAGCAUGGCUGAGGAAAAAGGCGCUCAGCCAACACAUUCCUUCUCCUGGCUCACCAAACACACUCCGCCUAGAUCCUCACAUGAGGCACUGUGAGAAAGAACUGGCUCAUCUUGGCAUUGUCCUUGCAGAUGUAACUAUACAGGACACAGGGAGCCUACUAAUGGUUGAAACUGUACCAGAGGGCAUUUUAAACAGCAUGGAGUACUUUUAUGGGUGUGGAACUUGUGGCAAAGUAUUCUGGGAAGGACCCCAUUUUGAAAGGACAUGUAACCAGUUCAGUCACGUUUUACAAGAUUCUAAAACAAAUGGGCCUAAAACUGUGUAUGAUGCUGUAUGACAGAUUUUAUUUACUCCUAUUUCUUAGUGAUAAUGCCAUGUAUUAAUAUGAUGCCCUCUAUGACUUUCAAAUCUGGACUUACAUAUGGUUUUAGU